ACGUGAGUAAAUAGUCGCCAUUUAUCGAAACUGAGCAAAGCGAGGAAAAAUCGAGAAAAAUAGUGGCGAUAUUUUCGAGACGUUUCCUCACCAAACUAUCAGAUAUCAUUUUUUUUAAUCAAGGGCGAAUGUAAUUGUGAAAUAUCCUGCUCUGUCCGCUUACCCUGCUCUUAAAAAAAAAAUCAGAUGUUUGGAGUCAUCAGGAAAACUGCGCCUCGUUUGGCCGUGUAGCAUUAGCAUCCCUGGGCCUGGUGUGUUCUUAGCUUAGCACUUUUUCUCAGCUAUUUUUUUUUGUUUAACUUCUUUUUUUUUUCCUGGAAAAAAUGAUAAUUGAAAACCUCGAUGCCUUGAAGACGUGGCUCUCCAAAACCCUCGAACCAAUAUGUGACGCUGACCCAUCUGCGCUUGCUAAAUACGUGGUGGCCUUGGUGAAGAAGGACAAGUCGGAGAAGGAGCUGAGAGCACUAUGCAUAGACCAGUUGGAUGUAUUCCUCCAGAAGGAGACUCAGACGUUUGUGGAUAAACUUUUUGAAGCUGUGAACACAAAGAGUUACCUACCUCAGGCUGAGACACUGAGCUCCACAGGCAGGACCGAGAGCCACACGCGCGCCGACAAAGACGAGCAGAAGAAAGAAGAGCAGUUGAGUCGGGAUGAUGAACGGGAGAAGAAGUUCUCCAGGAGAGUGAACCACAGCCCUCAGUCCAGCUCACGCUACGGCCGAGACAGCAGGAGGAGUGACGAGCGGAAGAAAGACGAUCGGUCCAGAAAGCGAGAGUACGAGCGUCCUCCGCCCAGACGCGACUCGUAUCGUGAGCGCUACAACCGGCGCAGGGGGCGGAGCUACAGCCGUAGCCGGAGUCGCAGCUGGAGUAAAGACAGAGUGCGAGACCGUGACCGAGAGAGAGAGCGUGAGCGAGACCGAGAGCGCGAGAGAGAUCGAGAACGCAGCAGGACGCGCUCUCGCAGCCGCUCGAGGUCGAGGAGUCGAGAGAGGGAGUCUGGAAAACCAAAGUAUGACCACGAGCGGCCAGAGGGCGGAGUCACUGAGCCCUAUGUACCCCCACCCCUCGCCUCUGCUCCUAGCUCCUCCCACUUCCCUGUACCCACCCUCAGCAGCACUAUCACAGUCAUCGCUCCCACUCACCAUGGCAACAGCACCACAGAGAGCUGGUCUGAAUUCCACCAAGACCACGUCCCCUAUGGGAGAGCGGCUCCGCCCCCUGCACGCAAGCGUUGUCGUGACUAUGACGAGAAAGGUUUCUGUAUGCGAGGUGAUAUGUGUCCAUUCGACCACGGCAGCGAUCCAGUGGUGGUGGAAGACGUCAACCUUCCCAGCAUCCUCCCCUUCCCGCCUGCUCCGCUUCCUGUCGGGGAUGGUCCGCCCCCUCCGGGUCUACCGCCACCUCCCGCUCUACUCCCACCUCCACCGGUUAACCUCCGCCCCCCUGUGGCACCAGGCAGCCUCCCCCCUGUCACAGGUCCUCCUCCACCUCUCCCAGCACUGGAUGCUCCUCCAAACUCCAUGACCAGCUCCGUCCCCUCCAUCGUCUCCACGUCUCGUCCUCUCCUCCCUCAGCCUCCACUUCACCUGGUCACUUCAGGGAUCCGACCCCCACUCGUACAGCCACCACCGCCCCUCUUCACCUCCGAUUCAUUUGAACCGGACAUGUAUAACCCCGAAGCUCCUAGUCUGACCUCUCGUCCUGCGUAUCGACCCCGGGUCAACGUGCAGAGACCCAACCUCAUCGGCCUCACCAUGGGAGACGUGGACCUUCCUCCACGAGAAAAAACGCUAAACAGCAAUACUGCACGGAUUGUUUUGGAAUCUGACUCCAGGAAGAGAGGGGCGGGGCAUCAUGAUGGGGGCCUUCCUUCUAAAAAACCUUGGUUUGAUAAGCCAAACUUCACCAAGCCUAACCAUCACGGUUACCAUAAGAAAGUGCCACUCCUGCUGCCUCUGCCGAACACUAAGCUGACCAUCCGGCAAAUCCCUCCUGAGCUCAACAACAUCAGCAAGCUCAACGAGCACUUCAGCAAAUUUGGGAAAAUCGUCAACCUGCAGGUGGCUUAUAACAAUGACCCAGAGAGCGCACUGAUCCAGUUCGAGUCUCCAGAGGAAGCCAGGCGCGCUAUGCAGAGCACCGAGGCCGUCCUCAACAACCGAUUCAUCAAAGUGCAGUGGCACAGAGACGACGCACUGCCUGGCACACAAGCACCCCUCCCGCUCAAUGUGUGUGUGCAGCAGCCUGAAGCCACCAGUCUGAAGCAGUCGGUGAAGGAUCGUCUCGGCCCCCUGCCCUCUCACAGCGCAGAGCCUCUGCAGGACGCCACGCCUCCAUCACAGUCUUCACAGAGCGCCACCCGAUCGUCGGUUAAGGAGCGGCUGGGCUUCAUGAAACCAGCGCCGGCCGAAGGAAAGGUCUUCUCCACCUCCACCGGACUCACGAAGACGUUUUAUAACCCAGCUGCACUCAAGCCAGGACAAAAAGGUGUGGCCCCCAGCUCUGAGGACGCACUGAAGAAGCAGCAGGAGGCGCUAAAACUCCAGCAGGACGUCAGGAAGAAGAAGCAGGAGAUUCUGGAGAAGCACAUUGAGACUCAGAAACUGCUGAUUUCCAAGUUGGAGAAGAACAAGUCAAUGAAAGCGGAAGAUAAGUCUCAGCUGAUGCAGACGCUGAACACGCUGACGAACAGCAUCAGCAAAUUGCAGGAGGAGAUCAAAGGCCUGUCCAACACACACACGCUGCACAGCGGCGUCAAAACCAAGGCUCAAGCCCAGAAGGAGUUGUUGGACACCGAACUCGAUCUGUACAAGAAAACCCAAGCUGGAGAAGAUACAGCUCAGCUCAAACUCCGAUACACACAGCUGCAGCUUGAGGCAGCUAAGCGGGGUAUUCUGACCCCAGGGCGAGGGAGGGGGGCCCAUGCCCGGGGUCGGGGGUCAGCGCGGGGACGUGGUCGGGGCAUUCGAGGCAGACCGAGAGGGGUUCCUACCCACUCUGUAGUGGAUCAUCGACCCCGUGCUCUGGAGAUCAGCGGCUUCACCGAGGCGGACCGAGUGGAUCUGCUGCCUCACUUUGCUCAAUUUGGGGAGAUUGAGGACUGUCAGAUGGAGGACUCCAACCUCAGUGCUGUCAUCACCUUCAGAACCCGAGCAGAGGCGGAACAGGCUGCUGUUCAUGGCGUGAAGUUGAACAAUCAGGAUCUGCGUCUGUCCUGGUACAAACCAGCCGUCCCGCUCAGCACGGCCGACACUGACGAGGCCGAGCCUGAGGAAGAGGAGUUCCAGGAGGACACCCUGGUGGACGACGCGCUGCUGCAGGACGACGACGAGGAAGAUGACGAUAACGAGUCACGCUCCUGGCGCAGAUGAAGAUGUCUCUCGGCCUCGCCCCACCUCCAGCGUUACAUCACUUCCUGUUUUCAUUUCAUUUUUUUUUUGGGGUCAAAUGGUUGUUUUUAAUGAAGACGCGCUUUACCAUGAGUCUGCCAUUAAUGUUUUAUGUAUUAGCAGUAACACUGAGCUGACGUCUCUCUCGGCGCGGUUCAGGAUUUCUUUCACAGUGUAAAAAAUGACAUUGAAUGACCUUUUGUUGAAUCCGGUCUAUUAUGAGACGCCACGUUUAAUUUGUAAAAAAAAAAAUCCGGAUAUGAUAACUGUUUUAAUUUCAAAGAGCAUGUUGGGGUCACAUGUAGGAUGCCUUCAUUUAGCACAGGUAGCCUUUUGAGCUAGUUUGUGUUUGUGUACAUAUUUUAUGUAUGAGUUUUAAUGAUUUGUAUGACUGCUUUGCUUCUCCUGGGUUACUCUGAAGUGUCCAAAAAAAUAAAGAAUUGAAAUGGUCUCGGAAAAAAAUCAGCUGGAAAAAAAAAGAAAAAAAAAUGCAAGCUGCUGCUGCAGAACUGCUUUAAAAAAAAAGGAAAGGAAAAAAAUGUAUAAAAUGGCUGAAAAUAUAAAGACCAUUUCAAAACAAACCCCCCACCCCCAAUUCUCACAAAAAGAGCAAAUUUCCUGUUUUUCCUGAGAACAAAAAAAAAAAAGUGACUGGUAAGUGACAGGAUUUCAGAGGAAGGUAAGAGAAUUACGAUUUUAUAAAAGUGUAUUUAUAAAAUCUGAAAAUGUAUUUAGUUUAUCGCAUCAGUAGCAAAAUUACUUUUUUAGCAAUUCUCCAAAAUGUGCAAGGUUUGCUUACGUGACUAUAAAUUAUGUUUUUGAUUCAUUUUUGUGUCCUUUUCAAGAGUCAUUACCAGAUGGAGUCGUGACACUUUGUCCUGAGACUGAGGAUGGCUGGACAUUUCGGACCUCCAGACCAUCAGAUUUUGGUUGUUUAUCUCUGGGCGCACACUGAGGAAAGCAGUGUCGUCAUCCCCCAAUCUGUCCCUCUGAGUUACAUGUCAAUCCUGGGAUUGAGAUGCUGACCUCUUCUGCUCCUCGGACCUGCCUGAUCCAUCCUGGUGCCCUGUGUCUGAUUGGAGUCUCAUCGCAUCGCUCCUGUGGAGGACGGCCCUGUACGGACAGUUGAAAGUCACACCUGGAGGACGCUCUGGACUCUUACAGUAAUGCUUUUAUGGCUGAGGACUCCAGUUGACUUGCUAACUUUAGGACUGCAGUUAUCAUGAACAGUUUUGCACUCAAGUUUCCAUCAAUGAAGAGUUUAUAACGUCAACGAAACUGACUUCAUGUUAAAACUGUUAAUGUUAUAGUCAUGUUGUCUGUUGUUGCCCAAAUGAGGAUGGGUUCCCUUUUGAGUCUGGUUCCUCUCGAGGUUUCUUCCUCAUGUCGUCUGAGGGAGUUUUUCCUUGCCACCGUCGCCACAGGCUUGCUCAUUGGGGAUAGAUUAGGGAUAAAAUUAGCUCAUGUUUAAAGUCGUUCAAAUUCUGUAAAGCUGCUUUGGGACAAUGUUUAUUGUUAAAAGCGCUGAAUGACUGAGGAAAGCGCUGUCUGCCCUCUUCCACAUACCUUACUCAGCAGACUCCGAUGAUCAGCUAGCAUCUCUGUGAUUGACGAGAGAGAGAGCAGUAAUUUUGCUUUGUUGGACUCCUGGCCACGGAUGGUGUCGUCGUCCUUGAGAUUUGAACUUGUUCUACUCAGGAACAACGUGGCCUUUUUUCUUUUAAUUCUUUCUCCGGUAGCUGAGAGAACUUUUGUAACUAUGUAUUAACGUAUCAGCUGCUCAUCUUGUCUGAACUGUAAAUAGCUUUGAUAGAAGUGUCUGCUCAAUAAACGAGUGUCAACAUGAA